CGUGGCCCGGGCCUAGGGGGCGUGGCCGGGAGAAGUUGUUCCGCGCUGGGCGGGCCGGCGGCGGACCCGGGAGCUGGAGAAGUUUGCGCGGCUCGCCAGCGAGCGAGCGGAGGGGAGGGUGCGGGCCCCGGCGGCGGCUUCCCUGCGCCCGCUGCCAUGGCUUUCCGCCGGAGGACGAAAAGUUACCCGCUCUUCAGCCAGGAGUUCGUCAUCCACAACCAUGCGGACAUCGGCUUCUGCCUGGUGCUCUGCGUCCUCAUCGGGCUUAUGUUCGAGGUCACGGCCAAGACUGCCUUCCUAUUUAUUUUACCUCAGUAUAAUAUUAGUAUGCCAUCAUCAGAGAGCGAAACUGUUCAGUAUCACUAUGGACUGAAGGAUCUGGUCACAAUCUUGUUUUACAUUUUCAUCACUAUCAUUUUGCAUGCUGUGGUACAAGAGUACAUCUUGGAUAAAAUCAGCAGGCGACUUCAUCUCUCCAAGGUCAAACACAGCAAGUUCAACGAAUCUGGACAGCUGGUAGCCUUUCAUCUCAGCUCCUUGGUCUGGUGCUUGUAUGUUGUUGUGACGGAAGGAUACUUAACAAAUCCAAGAAGCCUCUGGGAAAACUACCCUCAUGUUUAUCUCCCCUUCCAGGUGAAGUUUUUCUACCUUUGUCAGCUGGCAUACUGGCUACAUGCCCUGCCGGAACUAUACUUCCAGAAGGUGCGGAAGGAGGAGAUUCCACGUCAGCUGCAAUAUAUCUGUCUGUACUUGGUUCAUAUAGCUGGAGCAUACCUCUUAAACCUGACCCGCUUGGGCCUGAUCUUGCUGCUGCUACAGUACAUGGCUGAGUUUCUCUUCCACAUGGCACGGCUUUUCUACUUUGCAGAUGAGAACAACGAGAAGUUGUUUAAUGCCUGGGCAGUAGUGUUUGUGGUCACCCGCCUCUUCACGCUCACCCUUGCUGUAUUGGCUAUUGGUUUUGGACUGGCUCGGAUGGAAAAUCAAACUUUUGAGCCAGAGAAAGGCAACUUCAAUACCUUGCUCUUCAGGCUGUGUGUGCUCCUGUUGGUGUGUGCCUCCCAAGCUUGGAUGAUGUGGCGCUUCAUCCACUCCCAGCUGCGGCGCUGGCGGGAGUACUGGAACGAGCAGAGCGCCAAAAAGAGAGUGAUGGUUGCCCCCAGACCGCCAGCCAAGCUAAUCAAGAGGGAAUCUGGUUACCACGAAAAUGGAAUACUGAAAGCAGAGAAUGGAAUGUCCCCACGCACUAAAAAGCUGAAGGCUCCUUAAAGCCAGAAUGUGGAGAACAGGAAUUCUUCCUAGUGGGAUGUGCAGUAUAGAGGCCACAGGCCAAGGACUAAGUUACUGCCCUUAUUUUUUUGCUUGCUACACACUCCCAUCUCAAACAGCUGAAAUAUGUCUUUGGAAACACACACCAACUCUCUCUGUCUCUCUCUUUUUCUCUUUCUUCUCUCUCUCUUCUGCCUCUGUCUCUCUCUCUGCCUCCUUUUUUAUAAACCAUUUUCAAUAAAACCAAAAAUCUUCCUUCUUUAUGUUCUUGAGCCAACUCACUUCCUUAUAUCCUUUGUUUGCUGGGGAACCUAGAAUCCUUGAUCUUUAUAGGUUUUUUUUCUCUGUCUCUUUGCUCUCUGUUUUUGUUCACAAAUAUUUUCCUUACAUUAUUGUGCAAUUAUUCAGUGUCUGAUUUUCAUAGUUAAGGAGGCCCACUUUUUCACCAAUGCUGUUUGACUUCAGUUUCUCCUGGGCCUAAAUGCAUUUCCAGGAAGCAUCCACUUAGGAUUGUUCCUUGUUAACUGAUAUCCAUGUCCUUGAAUUGUUGCACCCUGUGAUCAACAUAUAAGAUGGACAAUAAGAAGAGAAAUGACUGUAUCCUAAAUUUAUUCUUCUUGAUUAGGUCAUUUUAAUAGCUUUGUUUAGCUGCCCAGAUGUUUUAUUUCCAGUUCCCAUGGACUGUCCCAACCCAUAGAGGUACCACAUUGGAUUCUAAUGCUACAUGCAGAAUUUUACAGUGGGAUGUGAUUCAGCAAUGAAAUGUAGUCUUUAUUGUUGGAUCCUGGGACUGAAGUAAUACUUGCCUGCUAUUAUUCCAUUAGGGGGGUGCUGUUGGAGGAACAGAUUCCUUUUCUCUUCAUACCCUAAGGCAAAAGCAAAGGCAAAGUAGGUUGAGGCAGGGGCCCAUUCUGAAAGAUGGGCUAUGAGACUGAUCAGCUCCUUUCUUCUACAUCCCAACCUGCAGUUACUUCUCUAGACAGAUUCACAAGCAUCCCAGAUGAAACAACAGAGCAAUCUUAGGCCCCUCUCUGGAAUGGGACUUGGCAUUCUGUCUUUAAAAACCUCUUCAAUUUCUUCAUUUCUUUUGGUGUUCUCACUCAGUCCUGGACCUUUGUGGCACCCAUCCUGUUUUUGAGCAUUGAGGGGAAGAUAGGCCCCUCUCACUGGCCUUACUGGUGGCUUUUUUUCUGUGCAACUUGUCAUCAUCAUGGAUGGUUAGUGUUAUUAACAUGUUAUACCCCAUGAUAUAAACAAUAGAUGCUAAGUCCAUCUUUUUGAUACCUCUGCUCUCAAGGGGGGGGGGGGGAAACCUGGGCUCUGUGUCAUAAGACACCUUCUGGGUGUCUUACGAAGUUCUGUCGAGAAAGAAAGGGAAUUAGUUUUAAAGAGUCUUAAGAAUCCUGAAAUCUCUAUAGAGGUGAAAGGGAGAAAUUUUGUCUUACCCUGCUGCAGCAACUUGCCUUCAUUUGGUGUUAAAAAUUAGAUGGAGUUGUGUUAUGAGAGGCUUGGGUUCUUGGGCUAGGUCAACCAUUCUGUCCUCAAACUACCCUCAAAAAAAAAAAAAAAUGGGUUUCUUUGUAUUAGCCCCAAGGCAGUUGGAUCAUAGAUAGAUGGACUUGCAUUUGCCAUUCAACAGGGAUUAGUUGGAAAAGGCAUCUUCUCUCAGUUGGACCCCUUCUUCAUUUCCUUCUAGGACAGAUUAUGAACAGGAAAGAGAAAGGCUCACCGAGUCUCCUGAUUUCCUUUGAGACCUGGCAGGGCAUUGUUGAAUGAGAGUAGAUGGUUCUCUUCUCCCCAAUCUCCCUUUCCUUGGAAUUUUCUAGUACCAGAGAACUGAUAGAGUGGUUUUUUGCCAGGUAGGCAGGCCUUUGUGUGUUUGAGAGCCUUCUCAGAUAUCUAGAGGGUAAUCUGUAGCAAAUGAGUUCCUACCUUCUCUAGCGCUUUGUCAUCCAGUCAUUUUACCAAAGAGGCUGUGACUUACAGGGUUCUGACUUUUCUCCAAAAACAAUGAGUACCCAAUUAUUAAGCCAAUUACUUCACCUAAUUCUUCUAUUUUUACCAUAUCCAUAAUCUCUGGUACUCACGUGGUCCUGUCAAUGACUGACAGUCAUACUCACUCUCUGCCAAAAGUUGUCAUGAAUGCUAGAGUGCUGCUCACAAAGAUUUGCCUGUUUUUCAGAGUACGUGGCCAGGAAAAUCCUAGAAUAAGACUGGUGUCUAUUGAUGUUGAAUUUGAGAGCUGUUGUUUAGCAGAGAUACAGUAUAUUUGUAGCUACUCUUGUUCACUGUCAGUGACCUGGCGAGUUUUUUUCCCUGCAAGGCUUUGUUAAAAGAAUGAAUUGAAUUGUGUUGAAAGGGGCUGGGUUAAGAUAUCUCUACUUUAUCCCUAAUCUUUGGGCUUCUUGGGCAGAUCUGUCCUUCUCUGUCCUAAUUCUUGGAAGAAGAGGUGAUGAUUAGUGACCCAUGAACCCAUUCAAUCAGAGUGUUAAGACACCAGUGAAUUCCCUGCUUUCAUCCUUAUCAUCCAGUCUGAGGCCAGGCUUCUAUUACCCUCAUUCCCCUAUGGGAAUGGGAAUGAGAGUCUAAUCUACCUCAGCCACUGUCUUUCUCUCAAUGGAGUCUCUUGGCUUUUGUGGCAUCGAUGUACUUGGAAUUAAAGAGAAGAAUAAGAGGGGCCACUGUGCGAUAGGUGCCUGUGUUCUUCCUUGGAGCUGGAGGGUGUUAUGGUUUGGGGGUAUUUCAUACGUGACCCAACAUUUAGGCUCCAGGACAAGCAUCUGUACAUUUGACUUAGUGUACCUGUCUCUGUAGAAGUUUGGACAGAUGGCACUGAUGGGAAGGGGUCUCUAUAUUCAAAUGAAUUGUUCUAGCUUGAGGUGAUAGGGAUAGGUUGAAGAGGUGCUGCUUCUCAACUCUGGAAAUCCAUUCUUAUCUGUUUACAGUAUUAUCUGACUUAGCACCUGGACCCAAAUGGUUCCUGAAAACCUGAUGUACUUCUUACCAUGGUGUCUGCCAUUUUAGGCUUUGAAGAACAUAGAGCACAUUUCUGUGCUCUGGUUGUCCAAGUUUGAAAUCCUAUGGACAAAACAAAGCUCCAAAGUAUGGUUUGAAUUCAAGUUGUGUCUAUAUCCAAAGCUUUGCUGGUAACUUACUCAUUAUAAGGGCUCCCGGGCAGUGGGAGUGCAUUCUGCCUAGAUUUUAGAGCUUGAGCAUUUUGGCAAGAUGUUGGUCUGCAUUUUUUCCAGAUGUUUAAGUAUCCUCCAUCUGCUGCUUUCAGUAGGAUUUGGAUGAGAAGAGUCUAUUGGUUAGGCUUGGAUACAGCUGUUUGCUUUCUUCCUAGAAUCUGAGUGUUAAAAUCCAGAGGGUCCUAACUUUUGUUCCUAUAAGGAAUUUCUCUCCCUCUGAAGUAAAGUGCAUGAAGAAAACAAGGAGGAUGACUCAUAAUAGGCUUCCUUUCUUCAUCUACAAUGCCCGAUACCUGUCCUUCAUUUAUCCUUUUUCUACACUGUGUCCUUAUUUCUGAGGCCAUGAGACUUCAGGGAGGUCUUGAUCUUUUUAGUGUUUUGGUUAACCUUCCUGUAUGGGGUAGGGGACAAAUACACAGAAAAGAAAACCAAAAGUUAUCAUCCCACAUUGCUGUAGUUAAGCAGCAGGUCAGGGCUUCCUCUUUGGCCUGCCCUGACAUUCUGAGCAGGACCUCAGUGCACAGUAGCCUAAAACUCACCACUCCAUAGGCUGGGAGCCUUCUACUUUAACCCUCUCCUAGGUAACUAUUCUUAUUGGGUUCAAGAAGAGCUGUAAAACAAAUGCAGCAAGACUUUGCAUCAGUGUUGCUCCCCCCAUGCUUAACAUCUCCUUGUGGUAGUUUUAUAAUUCUUAGGAGUAGAUGAUUUAUCCUUUCUGCAUAACAAGUGCCUUACUUUGCAAUACUUCUUUUGGACCCCGACAUAUGUACUGUACAGAGCUUUCCAUUUCUUUCUGCUAACAUGACUCUGGUCUGUGUGCCUUGGGACAUUGUACCCAGGAGUGGCCACCCAUAAAAGGAACACAACACAUGACAGUCUUGCUUCCUUGGUCUCUGUGCCUUUACCUUAUUUCCAUUGUUCUCCUAGUAUACUUUUGGCCUUAUUUAUUGGCUUUUGCCUCAGUUGAUUUUAGACUUUUUCAUAUCAGGUGAAGCAAGGCAGCUUCUCUAGGUAUGGAUGUAGACUGGGGUGGCAGGCCUGCCAGUAGCAAGCAGUGCUCAGACACUUCUUAUGGCCUCAUACUUCAUCCCACAUCCUUCCUCCCCACUCAUCCCAUGAACCAUACCUAUUCUUCUUUCUCUUGUCCCUUCCCAGAGAAAUCUCUUUCUGAGUCUUCAUUCAACCCAAAGUCUAUAAUCUGGAGCUUACUCUUCCUUCCAGACUCGUGUUAAUUCUUAGACGUAGAUGCCUGUUUUGCAGAAAGCCAGGUCAGUGUGGUCCCUUGUCAUAAAAAUAUUGUAUUUAGUUCAUAAUUCAGUGUUAUUCAUGUGUUGCCAGAAGUUCCCCUUUCCCCCCCACUUCUUCCGGGUUGUGCAAUAACUCUCCUAGAACUCGUUAGUUUCUAUAGUUCCUUCUGUCCAUUAUGAAGCCCUGGAAGUUGGGAAGAGAUGGGACACAUAGGAGGAACCAUCAUCCUUCAAUGGAGAAAUUCCAGCUAUUUCCUUUCUAGCUGUAAUUCUCCUUGUCCUAGAUAGGUUUCUGUGGCUCUGCGUUAGAACAUGUAGCAUAAUGUAGAAAUACAUAUUUAAAAAAAAAAAAAAAAUUGUUGAAAAAGAAUCUUCAUGAUGGGGCAUUAAUGUGUUCAGUUUUGAAUAUGACAUUUGGGAGUAAGAUUUUGGCAUAGUGUUCCUGGAUGUACUGCCAUCCCGGCCUCCAUCUUUAUCAAAAGGCAUUCCAGGAUUUUAGAAGGGAUGGGAAAGGAUGCUUCCUGUUCACAAGAAGAAUUGGUUUUCAGUACAGCCUAGGUGCAGGUGGUCCUGCUCUCUCCUCUGACUGUGUGUGCCUGAAAGCUCAGCCCUUUCCUUGGGUACAGAUAGGAUGGGGUCAAAAUGUAAACAUCAUCUCCCAAUCCCCAUUUUAAUAAACAGCUGGAAGAUGUGCUGAAGCUGCUGGUGCCCUGAGCAGACCAUAAUGCAAAGGUGGAUACGUUGCCUUUUUCUUUUCUUUUUUUUUUUUUUAAACCAAUUUUACCUUGUUUAUUUUAUGGACCAAAUUUCAACAAGAAACUCAAGGAAAAUUGUACCUGCCAUAUUUAUGCAUCUGUGUAAAAGGGUUGUUUUAUCUGUUUUUACUUUUGAUGCAAUUUUUUCCAAAUUCCUUUUCCAUUGUUCCCUUGUCCAGUUUAAAAAGUUACAGUUUUGUAUGGAUUUUUUUUUUGUUGAAAAUGUGCAUUUUGAAACAAAUGAACAACAAAACUAUUUUCUGAAAUAACUGAAUAAAAGGCUUAGAAUUAUCGAUCCUUAA